UUUUAUUCUUUUUUGUUCAAAUUCAACUUUAAUUCAACUUUGCUCAAAACUUUUCUUUAUUACUUUUCUUUAAUGAAUCGCGCGGCGCGGCAUUCAGGCGCACGCACGCCGGGGCAGCUACUACCGCCUCCUCAUUCUCCGCUUCCGCUGAGCGUAUCGGCCCAAAUAAAGCAUUUGCAGCCCAAAGUGCGACUCAGCGCCAAGAUCACACAGGGCCAAGCAGAAACGCAGCAGCUCAAGCAACGAGUGCGGCAAAAAGGGCUGAACAAACACACCACAUACCCCGACCUCCUCCACCAGGCAUACCGCCAUCCGCCAACACGGCUGCUCAAAAUACUCGACUGCAUGGUCAACGAUGCUCGCCAAGGCUUAUCCCUUAAAUGCCCAGCAGCCGUGCUUGAUCAAUGUGUGCUCCACGUACUCGGCGGCAUUUUAAGCCAAGGGCGCACCGCGCCAUUGUCGGUUUCUUUUCUGGAGAAGGCGGCGUAUUGCCUGGAGGAAAUAUCCUGGCGCACACGGCGACGGCCACAAACCCCCUGGACACUGCUGUUUCUCGUGGCGCGCGGCCAAAAUAGUCCGGAAGGACGGGAGUACGCGAGAGCCAGGGCGCUGCUGGAUCUUUCGCAGCUGAAGGACACACCACUGCUUGUGGAAGUACUGGAAUCGCCCCAGUGCACUGCUCAAAUAGCCAACGAUCUAUACCAAGCCAUCAACACACCUGCAGUGCGCGCAAAAGGCGGUACCCCAAUGGACCGCACACUGUCCACGGCCUUUUACUCUUCCACCACCAUUUUGUCAGAACAUCUGUUGGCGUACGAGGACACUGCAUUGACUCUGCUCAGUGUCGGCCACUUCUCGGCCUCAGUGAUCAAAACGCUGCUGUGUCUGGCCCAUUUCCACGCAACCAAGGGGAAUUUUGCGCAGUUGGACGAGUGUUUGCGGUUUAUGCGCGCAGCAACAGAGGCGGCAGAAGGUGUGGCGUGGCCGAUUCCCACUGUUGCCGCGGCCAUCCAGAAAAUGUGCAGCAUCUGCCCUGCACAUAUGACGGCGGCAGUGGGUCUUCUUGAGGCGCUGAUCAAGCGGGACCAUGUUCUGCUCGCACACCUUAUCAACGAUAUGCCGGUGUUCCGUGAUACGCCGGCGCUGCGCGUGCAGCUGAUAGGGGACAACAGUGUCGGCUGGGGGAAGCCAUUGGAAAGGGACGCGUGGUGGGGCGGCCUGCGUGUGCGGCUGCGCAUGAGUGACCCGGGCAUGCACGAUCUAAUCACGCAGUUUUGUCGCCAUGGCUGCCACGAUAACACAAACGCUGGCAGUCUGGCGCGCAGACUGCGGUCCGCACAACCCAUUGAUAUUCUCGUGCGAGAGAUGGCUGCGAAAAACCACGCGAUUGAUUUGUCCGAGCUCACGCGGCUGCUUUAUGUCCCAGGGCCACUGCCAUCUUCAUCCUCAUCGGCAUCGGCAUCGGCAUCGUUGACCAUUGGUUAUACAGAUAAAAAUGCUGUAAAUAAUCCGCUUGGUGGAUUCGCUUUGACGCGAGCCAUUUUGCUGCGAGAGGAUCUUGCCGCGCUGGCACUGCAUUCCGAACAGCAGCCACUUCUGCUCUCCGUUCUGCCGCACAUGCCCCUGCGCCCUCCAUCGCCCGCUUCCUCCGCUGUGCUGUCCCACGCAUACUACCUGGCCACCUUAAAUGCACUGCAAGCCCACCCACGCAUUCUGCUGCAUUUUCUCCGCCACUUGGUCUCCCACCCAUCAUCAUCAAGCUACUUCACACCCGUUAUGCUCCAGUCACUGGUGACCAAGGCUUUGCAAGUGUACGUGGAUGGUGGGCAUUUCCAUAACCAAGGUUAUUUUCGCUUAGAACGGCUCCUUGUUCACACCAUCCCUGUGCUUAAUGGGUUUCCUAGGUGGUACCAGAACCAGUUGUGGCCGAGACUCUGGGCACUACAUAUGUUUUUGAGACGCAGGAGGUAUGUGCCCAGAUACACACUGUAUCGUUGGCAGUUUGGUAUCCACAAGCAUAAGGUGUACAGGAUGAGACAGACUGCUAUUCCGUCUAAACAGAAAUUAAAGGACAAGAAGGUCGAUAUGAUGGUUAUGCCAUUGAGAAAAGAGGAUAUUGGGGUUGUGCGGCAAAUCUUGUUUGAUUCCAUGGUUCGUCGGACUCCCAGUGAUGAACGGUACUCGUUGGAGUGGAUGUUGGAAAAACAAACCCAAAUAGUAUCCUAAAGC